AAAUUGGUCGGCCCAAUAAAUUAUGUAACCCAUAUGAAUAAGGACGUCAACGGUUACUUGUUGGUCAUGAAACAGUGAGAAUCAACAUUCAAUAGUCUUACCUUAUGUAAAUGUCCUCAAAUUUUUCAUAAACUGGAAUGUAGCCGUUGGAUCAUUGGAAAAGAAAAAGGAAACUAAGAAGAAUACAAAUAAUCCAAAUCCUUGUUCUUAGAUUUUCAUAAUCUUUUGUUAUAUUUCAUAAUCUCCGGAGAAAAUCUGUAAUGAAUCCUAAAAGAUGUGCUGCUUGCAAAUAUUUGAGAAGAAGAUGUCCAAAAGAUUGCAUUUUCUCACCUUAUUUCCCUCCAAGUGAUCCUGAUAAAUUUUCAUGUAUCCACAGAAUCUAUGGGGCUGGCGACGUUUCCAAAAUGCUUCAGCAACUUCCUGUUCAGACAAGAGCUGAAGCGGUGGAAUCUUUGUCCUUUGAAGCAAAAUGCAGAGUAGAAGAUCCUGUUUAUGGAUGUGUUGGGAUUAUUUCUUUACUCCAAACUCAUAUUCAGAAAACCCAAACUCUUUUGGCUAAAACUCAAGCUGAGAUUGCUGUUGCUCAAACCAAACAUAGCCAACACACAAAUCUCUGAACUUAAAUGUAAUUUUUCAGUUCCAUCUAUAAUUUUUCCAAAUAAAAUCUCUUAUUUAAUCUCUGUUUCUGAUAUGCAAGACUACGAUAUGUACUUCCUACCAUACACCUUGCUAGUAACUUUAUUUUAACUGUUUUACCAAGUUUGUGUCCCAUUGCUAAAUCUUUUUAAUUGCAUAGAAUGAAAUUAUCUUCCAACAGUGUAUAAACUGGUUAAAUAAACAUUGCCACCCUUUUUUGUUUGUACUACCAAAAUCACAUCGAUACCAAACCGAUAAGGACAUGUUUCCGGUUUGAUACAAAUUUACAAACGUAGGCUCAACCACUAUCAGAACAAGGGAUGAUGAUUAUGGAUACAAGAGAAACUAUUCUCAAUGAUACAUUUACCU